AUGGCUGCACGAUCCCGAUCCCGUUUGCUGCUUGCAUUGGCGUUACCUCCAGUGGUCGUGGCCUACGGGACACACCGCUAUCUCACUGUUCUGGAGACCAAGUACCCGGCCAGACCUCCCAAAUCAUCGGGCAGCGUUGCUUUGGGCAUUCCCGACAAUUCAUCAACUCAACAUUGUGCUUAUGUUGAUAUCUAUUCGGCUCGGGUGCCUCUUCGUGCCCUACAGGCUCACUCGAAGCGACUUGGCCUCAACGAGAACCCCAAAACAAACGCAGAGCUCUCUACGGCAUGGGCGCAAGCACUGCUCGGGACUCGAGUGUUUCGCGCCGAAUCCGCAAUCAUUGGUCUCUUCACCAAACGCCGCUUUGACCCUGGCGACAUGGGUGAUACGCCGGGUGAAUUCUCCCCUGAUCCUCAAACUGGAGCUCCGCGCGAGAUCGUGAAUGGAGCAUUAGUGGUCGAGCGACCGCCAUCCAAUGGCGAGCCGUAUGGCUUGCUGGUUUCCUGGAAAAUUCCCGACGACGCGCGCAAGUUCUUCGAAAAGAUUUCUCUUUGGGGCUAUCCGUGGCGUUUGAUGUCAGGAGGUCGCCAUGAGAUGAGUGUCUCGGAACCGUUUGAAGGCGAAGGGGAAGAGAGGGCCCUUGGACCCUUCGUUGAAGUUCGCUUUGCCUCUGCACAUGACUACGAGACAUUCCCAUCAGAAGGCGGUCUUGAAAGCCAGAAGGAGCUUCCGAAAUGGUCGGGAAGGUUGCAUCGUGGCUAUGCUCGAUUUUUGUUGGAUGUCGCGGUCCGAGAACUAGAGCGAGAGAACACCUCGUCGAACUAG